ACAGUCUAUCCACUUAGCUUCUCCAAACUAACAAAUCCAUGUUGUAGUUGAGCAACACAUUUGCCCCCGAGACAUGUCCACUUUCUCUCUCCUCUCUCUAGCCGUGUUCUUGCUACAAGUCACUUCCAUAUCUUCUAAAUAUAUACCAAAGCAUAUAUCAGAAGCAACCGAGUGGAGCUCAGAAAGAAAGCAGCUAGAACAGGGAUCAUGCAGAUUCGGCAAUCCCAUAGAUGAUUGCUGGAGAUGUGACCCUAAUUGGGAAACCAACAGGAAAAUGCUAGCCGACUGUGGAAUUGGGUUCGGACGCAAUGCAGUGGGAGGAAGAGAUGGUGAGUUUUACGUGGUGACGGAUUCAGAAAAUGAUGACCCGUUAAACCCAGUUCCAGGAACACUUCGUUAUGGUGUCAUACUGGACGAACCUCUAUGGAUCAUCUUUGAUCAUGACAUGGUCAUCAAGCUGAAGGAAGAACUUAUCAUGAACUCGUACAAAACAAUAGAUGGUAGAGGGUAUAACAUUCAAAUAGCAGGUGGACCGUGUAUAACCAUCUCAAACGUAAGUAACAUUAUCGUACAUAACAUCUACAUACGCGAUUGUGUACCAGCUGGAAACACAAUAAUAAGGGACUCGCCUAGGCAUGCCGGUAUGAGAGGCUAUUCGGACGGGGAUGGAAUAUCAAUUUUUGCAGCUAGGGACGUGUGGAUCGAUCAUUGUACACUGGCUAACUGCAAAGACGGACUUAUUGAUGCCGUAUUUGGAUCAACAUCUAUAACAAUCUCAAACAACUAUAUGUUGAACCAUAAUGAAGUUAUGCUUAUGGGUCAUAGUGAUGACUUUGUUGAAGACAAGAAAAUGCAAGUCACUAUUGCCUUCAACUUUUUCGGAGAAGGUCUGACCCAGAGAAUGCCUAGGUGCAGACAUGGAUAUUUUCACAUUGUAAAUAACAUAUACACUGCCUGGGAAAUGUAUGCAAUUGGUGGAAGUGCCAAUCCAACAAUCAACAGCCAAGGCAAUGUCUUUAUUGCCAAAUCUACAAAAGAGGUGACAAAGCGCGAAAAUGCGCCAGGAGAUGAUGAGUGGAAGAGUUGGAAUUGGAGAUCAGAUGGAGAUCUGAUGCUUAAUGGUGCAUUCUUUACACCUUCUGGUGAAAAAGGUGCAGCAAGCUACAUAAAAGCAUCAAGCAUGGUUGCGAGACCAGCUUCAAUUCUAACAAAUAUCUCUCCUUCUGCUGGAGCUCUUACUUGUCAGAGGGGCCAACAAUGUUAGUCAUGGGCCAGCCGCCAGCUAGUUUCUGUUUUUAUUUUUUAAAAUGUAUUUGUUGAUAAAUUUGGAAAUAAACUCUGUUAGAUCAUAAUCUCACUGCUAUAA